AUGACAGCCAAGCGGAGUUGCAUCACCUGCAACCAGCGCAAAAUCCGCUGCUCCAAGCAAUCGCCCUGCAGCAAUUGUGUCCGUAGCGGAGUUGAAUGCGUCAUCCCCGGUGCGAGGAAACAUCCAAGGAGGGUUAAUCGGCCUAAGAAGGGGGAGUUGUUAGAGAGAAUUGGUGAGUUGGAGGAAGAGGUGAGGAGGCUGAAAGAGGGUCAGAGUGGAUGUGCAUGUACUAGAGGGGAUCCACCUGCUGUAGCUGAUGGUGUUGGAUAUCCAGAGAGUCAGUUUGGACGGUUGGUUGUUGAUCGUGGACGAAGUCGAUAUGUCAGCGAUGCGGCAUUGGUCAGUCUGGGGGAUCAGAUUGAGGAAAUGCAGGAUAUCCUCGAUCCUGUAUCCUUGAAACAAGAAGCACAUCCUCCGUGCAUGGUUCUCACUCGUGUCCAAGAUGGUCUAUCGCAGGACUUGGAUAGUCUGAGCAACUAUCAUCCUCCUUCACCCAAGGUGUUUGCGUUAUGGGAUGUCUUUCAACAGAAUGUAUCUACAGUAGUGAAUAUUAUCCACAACCCCACCGUCGGGCCUGUCAUCCUUCAAGCAGCAACACAUCCAGACACCCUCAACCACGACUCCGAAGCCCUCGUCUUCACCAUCUACUUUGCUGCCAUCGUCAGCCUCACCCCCGAACAAUGUCUCGCCCAAACAAACCUCAUCCACAUCGACGCAGUCCAAUACUAUCGCGUCGCCGUCGAAAAAGCCCUCACCCGCGCCAACCUCUUCGAAUCCCAGAGCAUCACCAUCCUCCAAGCUGCAGUCAUCUACCUCAUCUGUCUCCGCCGCUACGACGACACAAAAUACAUCUGGGCCAUGUCCGCCAUGGUCACCCGCCUUGCGCAGGGCCUCGGCGUGCAUCGCGACGGGUCAAAUUUCAGUCUUGCCCCGUUCGAGACGGAAAUGCGCCGUCGGCUAUGGUGGCAUAUUUGUGUGCUGGAUUUUCUGACGGCCGAGGAUCAUGGGACGGCGAUGCUGAUCCGUCAGGGCAUGUAUGAUGCGCGUCUGCCGUUGAAUGUGGAUAACGGGGAUAUUGCACCGGGGAUGGAUGCGUUUCCGACAGAACGAGAGGGGUUUACGGAUAUGACGCAGUGCUUGGUUCACUGCGAGAUUAUCGUCGCUUUUCAGCGGAUGCAGCAUAAGAAUAGUUCUCUAGAUGAGCUGAAUCACCACCUUGAAGACUGCUAUUUCAAACACUUUGACCUCAACUCGCCCCGCCAUUGGGUCGCUGCAACAACUGCCCGUCUCGCCCUUGCUCGAUCAUGGCUUCUCCUCAACUUUCCUGCCUCAUCCUCCAACACAUCCAGUAUCUCACCACCACCAGACUCCAGCCGCCUCUUCCAAACAGCCACGCAAAUCCUCCAAUUCGCCUAUCUCCUCGAAAUAAACGAAAACACCACCAACUGGCACUGGCUAUUCAAAACAUACAAACAAUGGCACGCGCUGGCGUAUCUUCUUUCAGAACUCUGUUCUCGUCCAGUCACCCCCGAGACUGACAAGGCGUGGAUCGCGGCGAGCAGUUUGUACCGCCAGUGGGAGCGAGAUGCGACGACUACAAAGGCACCGCUUUGGAGGCCUCUUUCGAGGUUGAUGGAGAAGGCUGUUUUGUCCCGACGUGAAUAG